GCGAAAGGAUCCAAGUCAGCGGUACCAGCUACGCCGGUGAAGUCGGGACUAGGAUCGGCCGAAGGUUCGUCAACGAUCGCGAGUGACUUAACGUCUCGGUUGUCGACGAUCUCCGAAAGGUCGGUCAGUUUCGAAGAGUCGGUCGACGAAGAUUCGGACGCCAAGGAUGACAUGAUGAUGGACUAUGAUGACCUGGAGGAGAAGACUCCAGCGCCGACGCAGGAGUACGGGGACGAAGAAGAUGCGAUGCUGUCCGCGGGACGCAGCGGAGGCUCGCGCUCCGUGUCCCGGAACCUCGUCGCGGAAUUUGAUGAAGUGGCGAAACCCGACCAUGCGGACGACGACUUUGAGGAUGGCAACGAGACCUCGGCUUCGAGAGCUCUGGUGCAGGUUACUAAGGGUCCUCAAGAAUCCCGCGGAAGUCGGCCCGCUAUGAACAGCAGCACUCCAGCUGCGAACAAAGUGCUCGGCAGAAUGCUCGAGCAGAUGGUGGAGUCGAGUGAGUGGAUAUGGCAGUUCAAUCCCGAGAUGACGCGUCAAGCAACUUGGGCUGAGCUGAAGGAGGAGUUGCAACACCCCGUUGAGUCGACCUCGGUUACGCAGGUGUUAUGA